AUGAUCCUCGGUGGCGUCAACAUGGUUGUUUAUUCGAUUUUUGCGACCAUGUCCUGGUUCCUCAUCGAACGUGUAGGACGUCGCAAGCUGUUCCUCGUCGGAUCAUUUAGGCAAAGCUUGUCGAUGGUUAUCGCAUUUGCUUGCUUGAUACCCGACAACGAGCAGGAGGCCAAGGGUGCCGCCGUCGGCCUGUUCACCUUCAUUGCAACAUUUGGUGCCACAUGGCUCCCCCUUCCUUGGUUGUAUCCCGCCGAGAUUUCCCCAAUCAAGACCCGCGCCAAGGCCAGCGCCAUCUCAACUUUGAUCUACCUCUUCUAUCCGGAAACGGCAGGACGUUCUUUGGAAGAAAUCGACCUGAUCUUCGCAAAGGGAUAUCUCGAGAACAUGGGCUACGUGCGUGCCGCCAAGGAGCUUCCACGCUUGUCCGACGAAGAGAUCGAGCGGGUGGCAAUCCAGUACGGAUUCGGUUCGGCAGAUCAGGAAGCGAAGCAUGUGGUGGGCGACAGCGACAGCACCGAAUCCAAUGUGGUAAGAACCGGUGAUGUGGAGAAGAAUUAG